AUGAAAGAGAUAAAAGAUACCGACCCCCUGCGGACUAACCUGCAUGCGCCAAAGCUAAUGAUCCCGCCAACGGACUACGUGAAUCAGGGCGUCCUAGGGAGCCCGCAGGACGGCCUACGCACGCCCACCGGCACCCAAAUUCUAUCCAAUCCUUUACUCAACUUAAAUAACACCGGCAGAACUAACUUCACCAACAAACAGUUGACUGAACUCGAGAAAGAAUUCCACUUCAACAAAUACUUAACACGAGCUAGAAGAAUAGAAAUAGCUUCCGCUUUACAAUUGAAUGAAACCCAAGUGAAAAUUUGGUUCCAAAAUCGUAGGAUGAAGCAAAAAAAGAGAAUCAAGGAGGGUUUAAUUGUCGCACCAGAUGUCACUCCCUCGACCUCACACUCUAAUGUGGGCUCAAACGAAAAUAGUAGAGAGUCCAGC